GUCGGUCUUCCGCGCUUGCUAGAGCCCGCGCACUUUCAGUCGUGUCUCGCGACUUGCUUUAAAUUAUUGUAAAUUAAAUACAAUAAUUAUAUUAAAUAUUCUAUCUUAUAUUGUUGCUAUUUUCGAAUUAGUUUGUACUUUAUGUCACUAAAUUCAAAUGGUGGUUUUAUUAGCCGCGAUUUAAUUGCUCGAUCGAAUCAAUAUUAAUACCGAAUAUCGGACGUCAGCUGCUACCAGUUAAAUCAGCGCCUACGUAUAGGGCUGAAUAAAUAAAAAUCCAAGGCCACUUGACAAUGAGUCGCACAGGAUAUACAUGUAUUAGGCACGUCUUUUGCUCUCUGAACGUGCUUGUUUGGUUAUCAGCAUGUGGGAUACUUGGAGCAGUGCUUUGGCUACGAUUAGCCACUUCAGGACUCGCCAAUUUAGUACCACAAUACAAUUUCGCCUCUGCUGACACAGUAUUUUUAAUUAUCGGAGGCGUAACAUUCGUCGUCGCAUUCUUUGGAUGUUGCGGCGCAUGGUUCCAGUCAAGAUUCAUGCUAAUAACCUAUUUCAGCCUGGUAAUAAUGUUAUUCUUGGCUGAAUUUAUGCUCGGAGCAUUGACCUUUGUUUUUCGUGAACAAGUAUCCAGAAGUGUGCAGCAAGAAUUAUUGUUGGGGAUUCAGAAACAUUACAAUGUGACAAGGGAACCUGGUACCCUGCCUGCAUUGUGGGAUCAUAUUCAUCAAGGAUUACACUGCUGCGGGGUUCGAGACUACACGGACUGGUUCCAAAUCGACGCCUGGCCGACAGAGGACAGAGUCCCCGACUCGUGCUGCAUAAAACGGGAGCGCUACUGCGGAAGACUGGACCCGGAAGGCCGGAACAAAGAGUCCUGGUAUAAAGAAGGAUGUGCCGCUGCCAUUCAGACCUGGGUCGUCCAAAGACUCCACGUGCUCGGCACAGUCGGACUGAUUGUCGGGUUCCUCCAGCUCUUCGGGCUCGUCACCUCCAUGAUCCUCUUCUGCACCGUGAAACACAAGCGCGCCUCUCACAGCUACAAGAGCUACGACACAAGUGCCAGCUAGGAACGCGCGUGGAUCCCGGCUUACGGGAUCCACGAUUCUUCAAUCGACGAAACUACCACUUGAAUUUAUCUUUAAU